AGCUGUUAGUUCGCCUCAACAAUAACAAAGGGAACAGUGGGACCUCGGAAAGGCUCGGAAAAGUAACGAACUGUGUUUUUCCGAAAACAAAGGUCCAUGUACUAAAUUUCUUCUGCGAAGAAAACUUUUUUUAUAUUCUCGGAAAGAUACAAUCUACCUCAAAGUCUUAAGGAUUUUAUCACUAAAUAUCCGUCCUUUGCUGUUCACAUCUUUUCUUGCCGCAGGUCCUUUGUAAUUUUGCACACGCCGAGGUGAGCUGUGACCAGACUUUACACAGCUCCCCUCAGAUGAUAGACAUCCGUACCUUAUUGAAGCACUUUAGCACCUGCAGCUGAUGACCAAAACGCCUGUUCCCCGUCCUCGCACCGCUCAGCCCCCCCUUGCUCCCUCCGUGCUCCCCCGAGGAGUAGCAGUAUGUUCCAGAGGCUCACCAGUGUCCUGUUCGGGGACGAUGUGGAGGAGGUGAGCGGAGGAGGCCCCGGAGAACAGGGCUUUGGCCAGAAGGAGGAGGAUGAAGAGUGGAUCCUGGUGGACUAUCUGGCCGAGGCCUGCUCUAGCCCCUGUGGUGAUGGCUUGUCUGAGGUGGACCUGACUUCGGAGGAGGAGGAGGACCUUGUGGUUGUCCCCUCUCCCAUCGCCAGCUCCCCCAUCCGCUAUGCCUCCUGCUCCUCCCUGGACUCCACCGCCGACACCGAGGAUGGGGGUCCCGAGGAAGAGGAGGAGGAGGAAGAGGGGGGUUUCCAGUGCCUGGAGGCCUGUUCUCUAGAGGAGAGCUGGUUCGUCACUCCCCCACCCUGCUUCAGCGGGGGGAGGAGGGGCAAGCCUAUGGUACUAGAGACCAGCCCCCUGGAGAACCUGCUGAUAGAACACCCCAGCAUGUCUGUGUACACCACCCACUGUCCCCCACGACUCUCCCUCAACCUCCCCCUCUCCCUCAACCUCAAUCUCUGCCUCCCCCUUGUUGACGCACCUGCCGCUGUAGUCAAGGAGCCGGGACGACGUUCGCUUGACACCCCCUGCCACAGGCCAGAGACGGUAGUGCAGCGCAGAGCCGGGCUCCAUGCUGGCUGCUAUGCGGCAGCCGUCUCAGCCCGGGCCUCAGGCCUCCUAGACCAGGCCCAGCAUCAUGGACGCCUGACCCAAAGGGUACGUGGCGCCGCCCAGCACCAGCUCCUCUCCCGCAACGCCCUACGCCGCCUCAACCUGCUGCGUACUGGAGGGGCCAAGCAGGCCAAGACCACCACCACCUAUCUACACCAGCCUGGCCAGAGGCACCUCAACUACUGAGGUCCUGGCCCUAUCCAUUACCCUCCAUCCAUCAAUUCAUCCAUCUGUCUCAACCUGGAUCCACGAAAAGAGUUCAUCCUGCAACAUGCUCUCCAUCUUCCCUCCGUCCACCGAUCCUCCACUCUGGAAUGAAGAGACGUGAUGAGGACUCCUUUAGAAUCAAUGUCAUCGGUCACUUUACUCCGCUGCAGGUUCCCACCACCACAUGGUAACUGGGAGAGACUGGUUCAAUCAGAUAUUACACCUGUGGCGACACUCUCCGCUUUCACCCACUCUGCAAUGGUUGUGUGAUGUCAUAGUGUGGCUGUAUGCUGCCAUAGAAUGGUUGUGUGAUGUCAUUGAUUGAUAUCAUGGAGUUGCUUGUAUGCUGUCGUAGUGACAUUGUAAGUGAUGUCAUUGAGUUGUUGUAUGCUGUCAUAGAGUGGUUGUGUGCUAUCAGAAGAGUGUUUGUGUCUUAAUAGAAUGACUGUGAUGUCUUUAGAGUAGGAGUAGGCAUUUAGAAAAGAAGCAUGUCUUUCACUUGUAAUUAGGACAGUUUAUUAACAAAGUUGUUUCUCAUGUCCCUCCAAUGAAAUUGCUUCCUCUAUCACUUCAUGGCAAACUAAUAUAAUUUGUCAUUCUGAUGGCCACAACUUACUUUUCAAAAUCAUCACUCCCCUCUCUUGACUAAGGGUGAACCUGCCUUGAACUUAGUAAUUCAGUACUUUCACAAUAUUGUUUGAGAAAAUGUUGGUCAAAUACUGGGUUAAAUAUCACUAAACGCCUUGUUAUAAAAGUAGAAUUUAAGAUGAAAAAUAAAUAUAAAAUGUAUUUAAAAAAAACUUCCAAAAUAUUUUUUAAAAGAAAAAAACAUAUAUUACAUAUCAGUAUGAAGUUAGUAUGAGCGUUUAUCUACAUAGGUAUGUUUGUAAGCAGCGGUUUGACUAUGUUAGUGUGUGAUUUGUUGCAUGGUUGUAUAGCGCUAGAAAACAGAAAACAGAAAAAAAAAUGUUUUUGUAUCUUAUCUCUCAUUGUUUGUUCUAAAUCUGCAGUCCACUUCUCAGGGUCAUAGCCAAUCACCUUUACACUUUACUAAAAUGCAGAUUACUUGACGAAUGUUAAUUGUCUUUGUACAUACUGGAGACCUUCCAAAUUUGUCAUAGUGUGCUUUGCCUUGUGGUAAUGUUUGUGAUCAAUAAUUGACCUUUUAAAAGAAUCGUGUGCGUCUCGAGAAAAUUGAAUUUGAACGUUUGCUUGUCCAAGGACUGUGAAAAUGAACUCCUACUCUCUCAAUCGACUGUUAUAACCCCAAGAUGGAGUGAAACUAUAAGUCUUUUUCAUUUGUUUAUAUAUUUUUUCUGUGUACUUUCCAUUGUUUUGAGUUAGAUAUUUACCCUGUUCUUUAUUUGCUUAGUUAAAUAACUUAGUAAUAUUAUGUUAAAAUGUCAACCAAAAAGUAGCGGCAAACUCUAACCUUGCAAUAGUUUAUAUUACUAUUGUUUUUGCUUUUACAGUAUAUUCUCCUUUACUUUAACAAUGAUUGCAAAUUGGAGACUUUGUGUUCUGAUAUGGUCAAGUUUGUGACAACAUGAAUCUGUGCGCUCUUGUGGUAAGAAAGCACAGAGAGACACAAUUCAAACACCUAAGUAGCCUAUUUUAAGUUUCACAAAACCUCUAAAUGUCAAGUAUCCAGGACAAACUCAAUAAUUUACAUGACCUUAUAUCAUGACCUAAUAUCAUCUGUUUCUUUGUACUUAUUGGGGGAAAUACACAGUACAUACAUACUCAGAUGUAUUUAGCGUGGUAGCAUUAAGAAGCACUAAGGUGGUUUUGUCUAUAUAGUUGUAAACUGAUUAUAGUGAAGUGAUUUAAGCCUAGUCAUUGUAUUUGUGUAUCUUUUUUAUUUUCAGAUGUCUCAGAUUGCAAAACUUGCAUCAUUUGACGCAUCAAUUUUUGUACUGCAUUGUUGUGACACGGGCAACAGGACGAAGGGAAUGGAGGAGAUGGCUAAGUCCUCAUUUUUGAUGUGUGAAGCUGGAAGGAGCCAUUUUGUUUUGUCCUCAGCUGUCUGUAUGAGCUCUUGAUGAUAAUAACAGGGAUUUGUAUUUUGUUUUAUGCCUUGAAUUUGUUGUGGAUCACGUGCCUUCCAGGUUAAACAGUAUAAUGACAAUGCAUUAAUGAAGAACUUGAACUGUUGUCCAAAGGGACAACACAUACAAAAGCAAAUCAACUAUGCACACAGGAGGUAGCUUCUCUUUGUGAACCACCCAGCCCAUUUUCAGCUUUUAUACACAAAUGUAGCAAACCUGUUUUCUCCUGUGUGAAGAAUAUUUGGUGGCAUUUUUUUUUUACUACAUGUUAGACUUUUGCUUUGAUUUAGUUUACUGGAAUAAUACAGCACUUUGCCAAAAAAGUGUAGGAAUUUGAGCGUUAACUGUUAUUUAUCUACUUAACUGAUCGCGUUAUUUGUAUUUUGGAUGUAUGAGAGAUCAAUUCACUCUGUUUUUAUGGUCAGCAAAAUUUGCAAAUGAGAAUGUGGUAGUCUGUUCUAAAACUGUAAUACAUGAUCUGUUGUCAUGAUGUAAGCCACAGUCUACAAUAAAUGUUUUCAUACACACA